CUCAGUCCAAGGAUUACGAUAGUCACAAUGGCAGUAAUUUCUUUCUUACAGGAGUUGAGCAUAGGCCAGCAGAUUGGCACAGCAGCAGCGAUUUUCAUCUUCGUUUUGACAUCAAUUGUAGUCUAUGGAUGCUACCUCCACCCACUUUCCCACGUUCCAGGCCCCUUCCUGGCCAAGUUCUCUCCGAUAUGGGGUAUGAGAGCUUUGUAUCGUAUGAAAUUCAAUUCAGAACUCCAGGCUCUCCACGAGAAAUAUGGGCCUGUUGUACGAGUGGCACCAAAUGAAGUGUCUUUUGCGACGCUCGAAGCAGAAACAGCGAUAUAUGCAAACCAAGAAGAUGGCCGUUUUUCCAAAGCUGGAACGUUCUUGACUCUUUUCUCAGACCUCGUCCUGAACGCCCCUACUCUCAUUACGAUUCCGGAUCCAGCGCUUCAUAAGAGACUGCAUAGAGUCAUUCAGCAGGCCUUCACACCUCAAGCACUCGCAAGCCAGGAACCAAUCCAGAAGCUGCACAUCGAGAAGGCCAUACCCGAUUUCGACGAAACUGCUGAGAAGGGUUACAAUAUAGAUCUUGCUGACAAACUGGAGACAAUGUUCUGGGAGAUAAUUGGUGACCUUGCUUUUGGAGAGCCAUUGAUGGCUGGAAAACGCCCAACAUACGAAACACUGAAGCAGUUAGGUAAAGGAUCGAUGCCUAUGGUGGAAGCCUUAAGCUUCAUGCUUGUCAUGCCCGGAGUAGCCCCAACACUGGAGAUGGCUAGAAGCUUCCUUUCAGCAAUGCCAAUGUCCUCUCAGCUUUCAAAGCUUGUGCCAUCCAAAAAACUACGCGAUUGCAUUGAAAGGAAAGAUGGCAGGGAGGACUUCCUUUCGGCCAUAAUGGGUAGUGAAAAACAAGGCUUAACGCUAGACGCGGAUGCGUUCUUUAGCAAUGCAAUGGGCUUAACACUCGCUGGGUAUCAAACUACAGCUACGACAUUAGCUUCUACAUUCUAUCACAUCCUGCGCUACACAGACGCGUACAAAACUCUUUGCACUGAAAUACGCUCUGCUUUCAACAACGAAGCCGAUAUCACAGGUGAAAGGCUUGCACGUUUACCAUUUCUUAAUGCCUGCAUUCGCGAGACCUUGCGCUUGCUUCCGCCAGCAAACGGGAAAACAGCGCAACGCGCCGCCCCUUCGUGUACUAUAGCAGACACAUAUAUACCAGCAGGUACCAUUGUCUCGGCUGACUUGUAUACGAUUCAAAGGUCGGAAAAGUAUUUCGUCGACCCGGCCCGCUUCCACCCAGAAAGAUGGUUAGAGGGCGCGGAGAAGAACGGGUUCAAUGGAGAUAACAAGUCUGCUAGUCGUCCUUUUUUGAUUGGAAGCCGAGCGUGCAUCGGUAGACAUAUGGCUCAACAGAGCAUACGGCUCAUCAUGGCGACAUUGUUAUGGAGAUAUGACUUCGAGCUGCUAGAUCGGGACGCAUUCAUUUGGGAGCGCGAUGCUGGCAGUAGUCUCAUUUAUACUGAUUACAAACUCCCGGUGCAUGUUAAAAGAGUUCAAUAGAAGAAGA